AUGAGUUUGCAUCUCCCGUCCUAUACAGAAAGUCGUUGGGCCGUCGUGCAUGCAACCCUAGCUAGCCUCCGCGAACGCUUUCCUGUUCCUGGGCGACACUCCGUAGUAGCUCCACCAGAAACGCUCCCAUUGUUGGUGCAAUCUCGCAACCGCAGACAUGCAUAUGCUGUUGGUUCUCAAGUUUCAAGACCAAGACUAUGGGUAGAAAGGGGGGUUCGGCUACACACGACACGGGUCCCCCGUCGUUCCUCGCUAUAAAGUCGAUUUGCUCGCCCCUUGCUGUUUCUU